GCCAACCUAUAACUAUUAGAUGUCGAUCUUGAUGUUGGUGUUACUGUAGAAUAAACGUCGAUCUUAAGCGGGAAAUGUGACAAUACUUUACGUAAAUAUAAUCAGAAAUAAUGAAACCAUCAGUAAUUCGUAGAUUAGACGAAACUACUGUUAACAGGAUAGCUGCAGGAGAGGUUAUACAGCGUCCAGCCAGUGCAUUGAAGGAGAUGAUUGAAAAUAGUUUGGAUGCCCAUGCAAGUACUAUACAAAUUACAGUGAAGUCUGGAGGUAUGAAACUGUUGCAGAUUCAGGAUAAUGGAACAGGAAUUAGAAAGGAGGAUCUUGAAAUAGUAUGUGAACGUUUUACCACUAGCAAACUGGAGAAGUUUGAAGAUUUAGCAACUAUAGUCACAUACGGAUUCAGAGGAGAAGCCCUAGCCAGCGUUAGUCAUGUAGCACAUCUUUCCAUUGUCACCAAAACAGUGGAUGGACAAUGUGCGUACAGAGCGUCAUAUGUAGACAGCAAGCUGAAGGCGCCUCCAAAGCCAUGCGCUGGUAACCAGGGCACACAGAUAACUGUGGAAGAUCUGUUUUAUAAUAUGUCCACACGAAGGAGAGCUCUAAAGAGUGUCAGUGAAGAACACAACAAGAUAGCUCAUAUUGUGGAACACUAUGCCGUCCAUAAUGCUCAUGUCGGCUUCACUCUAAAAAAGCAAGGUGAAAGUCUUGCCGAUAUCAGGACUCCUCCGAACUCUACAGUUGUUGACAACAUCAGAAUUAUAUAUGGGAACAAUAUUGCCAAGGAGCUUGUGGAGGUGGAUGCUAGUGAUGAGACACUGAAGAUGAAGAUGAAGGGGUACAUAAGCAAUGUGAAUUACUCUGCCAAGAAAUACAACAUGUUGCUGUUCAUUAAUCACCGACUGGUUGAAUCUGCAGCACUGAAGAAGGUGCUGGAUCAAGUCUAUAGUGUUUACAUUCCAAAGAACAGUCACCCAUUCCUGUAUCUGAGCCUGGAGCUUGAUCCCAGGAACAUGGACGUGAAUGUCCACCCAACAAAGCGUGAAGUGCAUUUUCUGCAUGAGGACUUGGUUCUUGACAAAAUCAAGAUGGCAGUGGAGAGCAAACUGUUGGGGUGCAACACGUCUAGGGUUUUCUAUACACAGGCACGUCUUCCUGGCGCUAGUGUGCCCAAAGAGACUGCAGUUGGGGAGACAAACAAGACAUAUGCCCAUCACAUGGUGCGCACUGAUAGCUCUUUGCAGAAGCUGGACAAAUUCUUUGGCCCUCCUGCUGCCACCACUACUCCCUCUACUAGCAAAGCUACAGAUCUUGGCCAAGCAGAUGUCAAGAGCAAAGAAACAUCAUCAGGAUCAAAGGCAGCAAAGAGGGUGGAGUGUAAGCUGAGAAGUGUGUUGGAACUGCGGCAUGAUGUUGAAGACAAGAUGCAUGUGGGGUUGAGGGAGUUGCUGAAGAACAGUACCUUUGUUGGUUGCGUGAGUCCUAAACAGGCCCUAGUUCAACAUGAGACCAGACUGUACCUGUGCAACACUGCUCGUCUCAGUGAGGAGCUGUUCUACCAGACGAUGCUGUAUGACUUUGCUAACUUUGGAAUGAUUAAAUUUGCAAAUCCACUGCCUAUUCAUGAGAUGGCACUUAUGGCUUUGGAUGAUCCAGCAUGUGGCUGGACUGAAGUGGAUGGUCCCAAGAAUGAACUGGCUCGAUCCAUUGAGGAGGUGCUCACACAGAAAGGACCCAUGCUGGAUGAAUACUUCUCAAUGAUUGUUGAUUCCACUGGGAACUUAUGCAGCCUGCCACUGCUGCUUGACCAGUACACGCCUGAAACACGGGGUCUGCCACUCUUUAUAGUGGACCUCUCAACAGAAGUAGACUGGGAUGAUGAGAAGGGUUGCUUUGAUAGCUUCUGUCGAGAAACUGCACGGUUUUACAGCAAGCAGCUUGAGUCAGACUGCUGGGAGGAUGGGCAAGAAGACAGUUUGUCACAGAUAGAGUUGGAUGACAGACGGGACCUCAGGUGGGUGGUUGAGUACGUCAUAUACCCGGCUCUGCGUCGCAGCUUCUUGCCACCAAAGCAGUUCGCAGAAGAUGCCACUAUUCUGCAGAUUGCUAACCUGCCAGAUUUAUACAAAGUGUUUGAACGCUGUUGAGUUAUUGUUUCAUCUGUAAUUUCUGUAUAUGGACAUAGGUGUAUAAAAAAUAAAAUACAAAAUGAGUUUGCUUGGAAACUA